AUGGCCGCCCCGGGCCCGGCCCCGCCGCUGCUGCUGCUGCUCCUGGCCGCCUUCCCGGGGCCCCGCGCCUGGGACCUGCGGGGGCUGCGCUGCGGCUUCUCGGCGGAGCUGCGAGCGCUGCGCUGCGGCUUCUCGGCGGACUGCGAGUGCGACUUCGGGCCCGACCUGCGCGGUCUGGAGUACGACUUGGCGGUCAACCUGGUGGGGCAGCCCCUGGUGAGGCAGCAGCUGAUGAAAGCAGUAAGGGCUUUCCUGGAGAACGGGAAUCCGGUGAAACCCCUGGUGAUGUCUUUCCACGGCUCUACUGGAACAGGCAAGACCUACGUGAGCUCCAUGCUGAUCCGCUCCCUCUUCCGGGGUGGGCUCCGGAGCCCCUACGUCCACCAGUUCUCCCCCAUCGUGCACUUCCCCCACGCUGAGCAGAUAGAGCAGUACAAGGAAAGCCUGAAGAGCUGGAUCCAAGGGAACUUGACCAACUGUGGAAGGUCAGCCUUUCUCUUUGAUGAGAUGGACAAGAUGCACCCAGGCCUGAUUGAUGUGAUCCUCCCAUUCCUGGGACCCUCCUGGGUUGUGUACGGGACCAACUACCGCAAAGCCAUCUUCAUCUUCAUCAGCAACGCAGGAGGGGAGCAGAUCAACGAGAUGACACUGGAUCUCUGGCGCGCCCGCAAGGACCGGGAGGAGAUCAGCCUGCAGGACCUGGAGCCAGCCAUCUCCAAAGCCGUGUUUGAAAACCCUCAGAGUGGAUUCUGGCAGUCUGGGAUCAUUAAUGAACACCUCAUUGAUGUUGUUGUGCCCUUCCUCCCACUGAAGCACCACCACGUCAAGCAGUGUGUCAUCAGUGAACUUGUCCAGCAAGGCCUGGAAGUGCGCCCAGGCAUUGUCCAGGAGGUGGCUGACAGCAUCCUCUACUUCCCAGAAGAGGAGAAAAUAUUCUCAUCAACAGGCUGCAAAACAGUGGCCUCCCGGAUCAGUUUUUUCCUCUAGCCACCAGCUAGAUCCCCUUGCUCAGAUCCAUGGGGAUGUAACACAGCAGAGCCCGGGGCUGGUGGGAUGAGCAGUGGGAUCUGCCCCUUCCCACGCAGCAGCACAUGUGCUUCUCCUCCUGAACUCAUCCCUCCAGCCCCAAGGACACCACUGCAGGAUGCAGCAGCAGGACCAAGUGCAAAUGAUGUGAUUUAAAGCACUUUACUGAUGUACUCUUGGCCAGGUGAGGGUGGGUAUGGCCAGCCCAGCACACCCCCCAGGACAUCUGUGACAAGGGGAGGAUGCUCAGGGAGCCUGAAGUCAGGGAGGUUUCUCACCCUCUCAGCAGCCCCCCUGCAGCUCUCCCCUCUCCUGGCAGCUACUGAUAUCCAGCACAUCAAGAUUCUGAGCCCACAGUUGAAUGUUUCUUUCAGCAUGUUAACAGUUAAUGUUUUUAAAACCUUUUUAAGCAGGGCUGUGCCUCAGCUCCUCGGUACAACGUGACAGGGCUGGUGGUGACUCCUGCUGGCCUGGGAACACCUUCAACAGGGCAGCAAAGUUUUCUUUUCAAGGAAGUUUGAGAGGCAAUUUCUUCCCAGCUUCCUUUGGGUGGGAACAGGUGCUGGUAGGGACCAGCUUCACCCUCCACAAGCAUGAAGGGAAGUGUGGGAGAUGGCAACAGCCAACCUGCCCAGAGCCUGGCUCUUCCCACACCUUCCUCUCCAUCUUACCCCUGAAGUCCACAGGUUUUCCCUGCAGCAAACCAGGAAAACAAACAAAAAAAACACACCCAGACUUCUCACUUGUUUUCCCAGCCAUAAGAACUUCCAGACCUACCUCCAAAGGAGACCACGGUGCCACUGAUGGUUUUGAACAUUCCUUUCACUCAGCAAGGACUUCCACAGCAGGCUGAGCUGGUGCUAUGAGCUGCUGAGCCUCUUGAACAUCCUUCUGCUGGUCAGACCUCUCAGGCUGUGGGGGUUCAGCUUCUGGGAGUGUCACUUAAUGCAGGGAACAUCUUAAGAUCAGUGCUCCACUCUGCCAAGCCCAGGGUGCAGAGCCCAGGUUUUAAUCUCAUCUGUGCAGUCAGUUAUGGGAGAACAGGUUAGAGGAACCAGAAUGGUUCACUCUCUAGGAACAAACUGCCCAGGAGCUGGCCCACAGACAGACCCCAAAAUUCUGCCUCUUCCCAAAAAAAAAUGUUAUGGAUUUCCAAUUUUAAAAUAAAUCUUUUAUGAAGUAAAAUAAA